UUAUGAUUCAAAAGUUAGUUAGUUGAAAUGAUUAAUGUCACAAACAUAUUGCUUUUAGUUAUGAUUAAUUAUUGUUUAUAAUUUGUAGUUUUUUUAAUACUAAAUUAAUAUUUUUUGAUUAUAAUAUUCAGGCAUUAUGUAUAGACAAAAUAUAAGUUGGAUGUAUGAUAAACAUGGCGAAAAAAAAGAGGAAUGCGACCUCAAUAUUUUGAAGGAAUUCAAGAGUUUAUUAAAUUUGCACUUGAACAUAAGGAUCAUAUGGAUGGUGAUAGAAUCAGAUGUCCAUGUGUCAAGUGUAAAAAUCUCAAAUUUAAAGACCCAGAUGAGGUUGUGUGGGAUUUGUACGAAAAAGGUUUCGUUGACAAUUAUUACAAUUGGACUUCUCAUGGUGAACUUUUUGAUUCAUCACUUUUAUCACAACCAGUAGGUUCGUCUCGUAACGUUCCUAACGAGAUGAGUGGGUGGGGAGAUUAUGCUCAAAUAAACUGGGACCAAAGAAUGGUAUAUGAUGUAUACGGUGCCUCGACGUCUCAGUUUAACCCUCCACAACCCUUUAGCAAUCCUCCUGAAGCUUCGACCUCGUAUCAAUCAUAUGCGGAUGAAAAUCCGAAUUCUCAUGUCCCUCAUAUUGAAGGUUUAGCUGAAAGAUUUCAAGAUGUUCUAAAAGCUGCCGAUCAACCUCUGUAUGCUGAUUGUGAGGGAUACUCUCAGCUAUCCGCCGUUUCAGAGUUGAUGAACAUUAAAGCUGAGUACAAUCUUCCAGAAACCUGCAUGUCCAGACUGUUGCAAACCAUUGAGGAAUGAUACCGCGUGACCAUAGUCUUCCCGAUUCAUAUUACCACAUGAAGCAAUUACUUUCUCAGUUAGGGAUUCCUUGUAUAGAAAUUGAUGUGUGCCCUAACGGAUGUAUGUUGUUCUGGAAGGAUGAUGAGACACUUGAGAGCUGCAAGCUAUGUGGUGGAGAGAGAUACAAACAUGUUCCUCUAAAGAAAAAAAACCACGAUAUCGGUCUACAUUGUCUAAGUUGUUUUACCUCCCACUAGCUCCACGUCUAAAGAGGAUAUAUGCUUCAAAUGCUACUGCGAGACACAUGACAUGGCAUGUUGAGCACGAAACCAAAGAGGGUUUGAUGUCUCACCCUUCUGACUGUGAAGCUUGGAGACACUUUGACUACUAUCAUCCUCAGUUUGCAAUGGAGCCACGGAAUGUGCUGCUGGGAUUGUGUUCAGACGGAUUCGAUACUUUUGGAAAGUUUGGGAAGCAAUUUUCAUGUUGGUCAAUCAUGUUAACUCCCUACAAUCUACCUCCCGACAUGUGCAUGAAAAGUCAUUUCAUAUUUUUGACUUUAAUUUGUCCAGGUCCCUCGGAUCUUAAUAAAAGGAUAGACAUCUAUCUCCAACCCCUUAUCGAGGAGAUGAAAGAACAUUGGGCCAUUGGGACACCAACUUAUGAUGUUUCAAGAGAUGAGAUGUUUAUCAUGAAAGUUGGCAUCAUUUGGACCAUUAGCGACUCCCUGCAUAUGGUAUGCUUUCAGGAUGGAGCACACACGGUCUUCUGGGAUGUCUGAUAUGUAUGGAGAAAUCAUGUGCCAGGUGGCUCAAAUUCAACGGGAAACCAAGUUACUUUGAUUGUCACCACAAAUUCCUCCCGACAAACCAUCGAUAUCGAAGGGGCACAAAAUCUUUCAUUAAAGGAAGAGUGGUACGAGACCCCCCACCCCCGAGACUUACAGGCAAACAAAUUUUGAACAGGGUUCGACGUAUUCCUUCGGCAGUGCAAGAGCCACACAAGGACCCACAUGGGUAUUGUAUUACCCAUAAGUGGACAAAGAGGAGUAUAUUUUGGGAGUUGCCAUAUUGGAAAGACCUUCUCAUUCACCACAACUUAGAUGUCAUGCACAUUGAGAAGAACGUAUUUGACAAUAUAUUUAACACGGUGAUGGAUUUCAAAGCCAAAACCAAAGACGGGCUUGCAUCUAGAAAAGACAUGACAAUGUGGUGUGAUAGACCGGAACUUUCUGUUGCUCUAGAACAUACUAGUAAUGUUCCAAAAGCAGUCUAUCAACUCACAGAAGCACAAAAACAAUCAAUCUUAGAGUGGCUCGUGUCUCUAAAGUUUCCAGAUGACUAUUGUUCUAGCAUAUCCAGGUGCGUGGACAUUGACAAACAAACCAUGACGUUGAGCAUGAAAAAUCAUGAUGCUCAGGUUCAAAGACUUCUGUCGAUUGCACUUAAAGAGAUGCUUCCUGCAGACGUAUGGGACUGUAUUACCGAAAUCAGUCUAUUGUUUCAGUCAAUAUGUUCCACCGUUUUGGAUGCUGAAUCCCUCCGGAGACUAGAAGACUGUGUGCCCAUUUUGAUGUGUAAUUUGGAAAAAAAUACUGCCUCCAUCAUUUUUCGAUGGAAUGGAACAUCUUAUAAUACAUCUUCCGUAUGAGGCUUUGAAUGGAGGACCCGUCUUCUAUUGUUGGAUGUACAGAUUUGAAAGAUUCCUGAGAGAGCUGAAAAAGAAAGUGACCAACAAGGCACACAUUGAGGCUUCAAUUUGUCAAGCAUACAUUCAACAAGAAAUCUCAACGUUUUCAUCUUUUUACAUUGAGCGUGAAGUCAUCACUAAAAGAAAGAGGCAUGUCCGGAACGAUGACAUUGGUGAGGAUGCAUAUGACAAAGUAGUUUCCAUUUUCAAUUACCCAGGUAGAGGUAAAGGAGCUGCGACUCACCGUUACAUCGUGGGUGGAGAACUUCAAAUUGCACACACUUACAUCCUAAUGAAUUGUCCAAAAAUCAUACCGUUUUAUAAUGAAUUUAGAGCGUCUUUAUCAGCAUUUUCUGAUGAUGCAAUUGAUGCAUUGGUGGACUCUGAUUUUAUUGCAUGGUACAAAUAUCAGGUAUAUAUAUACAUUAUAUAUACUAUUAGCUAAUAAUUUUUAAUAAUUACCUAAUGCUAUCAUGUUUUGAUUUACAUAUCAACUGUCGUGGAAUUGACGACCCUCUGUUAGUAUCAUUAAUGUGGGGUCCUUCUUCCUAUGCAAAAGUUUGGCAUUCCUAUGUGAUAAAUGGUUACACCUAUCACACAGUCGAAUAUGGACAAGACAGACCAACAAUGAACAGUGGGAUAUGUGUCCCAACCAUCGGUUCAGAUAACUCGGAAACCAAUUUUUAUGAUUUGUUGCACAAGAUUCUCGAACUUCAAUUGCCUUCUGGUGCGAAAGAAUUGAAAUGCGUUUUGUUCCGCUGCAAAUGGGUCGAUCCUACAAGUGGUGUGAGAAAAAAUUAAAAGUAUAAUAUAAUUGACGUCAACCACUCUCGCGUGUAUCGGAAAAAUGAACCUUUUAUACUCUGUCAACAAGCAGCUCAGGUUUAUUAUGCAGAGUAUCCUUCAAUCAGGCGCACACCGAGUCCUUGGGUGUGUGCAUGUGUAAGGAAUAUUUGUAAUUAGAUUUUGAUGAUGCUAUAUUAAUUAGGACUUUAGAGUACCCCUCUUUAGAUUUCAUGUAUUAGAAUUUUCCUUGUAAAGUUCCUUAGUAUAAUCAACAAGCAGAAGGCCUCCAGAGCAAAAGGCCUCCAGAGCAGAAGGCCUCCAGAGCAGAUGGCCUCCAGAACAGAAGACCCCCUGACAGAGGACCCUUGAUAAGGCUUUGUUUUAACAGAAGACCUGUGGUUCUCUGUUCCAGAACAGAAGACCUCAGGGUCUCUGUUAGCCUUUACUCGGACAGAAACCCUCCUGGUUCUCUGUUGGAUAUUUCUCCAACAGAAGUGCUCAAGACCUUCUCUGAUCAACUCUCUGCUAAAGACACCAGAAGGCCUGACACUUGGAAGAAUUUCCCCAAGCCAGUAAACCAACUAAAGAUUCCUUCAACGACUAGGAGUCUUGAACGGAAAAGCUACAGUGCGCGCAUUAAAUGCACAUUUAAUGCCUUCCAUACUCUGUAGAGUAAAUGCAGAUGAUUGGCCGCAAUGUCAGAAUAGCUUUAUCCCAAAAUAGUAACCCGCCAACUUUGCCGGGUCCUACUGGUCAAGUCAACUGCUUGCUCAUUUAAUGCAGUUGUCCUCUUUCUCCUCCAACGGGAAGACAACCUCAGUAUAAAAGAUACACUACGAAGAAAAACCAAUAAAAAAAACUUUUUGCUACAACAGUGCACAUACAAAAUAUUCAAACGCUAAAAACGCAAAAAGCCUCCUUGAGAUUUGAUAUUCAUGUAAUUUCCGAUUGUAUGUUUGUAUUUUUAACUAGUUUUUAUUAGUUCUAGUUGAGGAAAUUACACACUUUUGGUGUAAUACUUUAUUUUCAUAUUUAUUUGUAAUUUGUUUAGAUUAGGACUUUUCUAAGCUAAACAGGUCAAAGAUCAUCCAAGGGAUCAAGAUUGGACCUUAAAAGAUCAAGGAAAGUGCAAGGAGGCAAGAAAGAUUUCGAUUUGGAAAAAAUACUCAUGUACCCGGUCGGGUAUUGCCUAUACCCGAUCAGGUAUUUGUUUGAUUCGAUUGUCCAAAUCAAAUUUGGGAACAAAUGAUCGUGGGAGCAAGAUUUCGUUAAGAUUUGUCACAUACCCGAUCGGGUAUGCCGACAUACCCGGUCGGGUAUGCCACUUUUCUGGAAAUUUCCUAAGAUACCCGCUCAGGUAUCCUAUAUACCCGGUCGGGUAUCAGCCCCUGCAGCUCUCAAAAGCCUAUAAAUACACCCCUUUCCUUCACAAUAAAACCACCAAUUCACAUAUACUCUUUAGCUCAGUUUAGUUAAGUAUUUCCUUUAUAUUUUUAGCAUGUUUAGUCUCCAAAUGAGGAGCUAAACUCUUCCAUC